UUUCCGUCGAGAUAUCUUGAUUAAAAUAAAAAUUAUGGAGUCAGCUGCUAAAUUUUUUUAACAGCUGGCCAAUUGGGGAUCAGUUCUCUGCCCAACACGUCGCCGAUGGCGCAAUUCUCUCACCUCUCUUUUGCUCUUCUUCCUCGUUCAGCUUCGUCUGCUCCUUUUCGUCUGCAACUUCACCCGCGAAUUUCUUUUCCGACUCCGUCUUUUCAAAUUCGAGAUUCUUCUUCUCCUUCGCCUUCUGCCUCUAUCUCUGGUUCAAAGCCGAAAGUCGUUGUAACAAGAGAACGUGGCAAAAACGGCAAGCUCAGUAAAGCUCUGGCCAAACAUGGUAUCAAUUGCCUGGAGCUUCCUCUAAUUCAGCAUACUCAGGGACCUGAUUUGGAUAGACUCCCUACUGUAUUAAGCACAGAUGCUUCAUUCGAUUGGGUUGUCAUAACGUCCCCUGAAGCAGGCUUGGUGUUUUUGGAGGCAUGGAAGGUGGCUGGAACCCCAAAUGUUAAGGUAGGAGUUGUAGGAGCAGGUACAGCCAGCAUUUUUAAUGAAGUAAUGCAAUCAUCAGGGCGAUCUCUGGAUAUUGCCUUUGCACCAUCUAAAGCAACAGGCAAGGUUUUGGCAUCAGAACUUCCAAAGAGUGACAAGAGAAGAUGUACCGUGUUGUAUCCAGCUUCUGCCAAAGCAAGUAAUGAGAUAGAGGAAGGCCUGUUGAAUCGUGGAUUUGAGGUUGUGAGACUAAACACAUACUCGACGGUACCUGUUCAUCAUGUUGACCAAAUGGUGCUGAAGCAGGCACUUUCUUGCCCAGUUGUUUCAGUUGCUUCUCCAUCUGCAGUUCGUGCCUGGGUCAAUCUUAUUUCAGAAUCUGAGGAGCGGAACAUUUCAGUGGCCUGUAUUGGUGAGACAACUGCUUCAGCAGCAAAAAGCUCGGGAUUGAAAAAUGUGUACUUUCCAACUCAGCCAGGUUUUGAAGGGUGGAUAGGGAGCAUCCUUGAAGCAUUGAGGGCACAUGAUAACUCCUAGAAGUUGAGGAUUUUUUGGGUAUCUUCUGUUUCUCUCUUUCUUCAUUCUCUCCUAAACCCCCUGGCACCUGGUCUUGUCUAUUUUUGAAUUCUGUUUCUUUAGUUUCCAUCAAGUCCUGGCUACAACCUACAAGGAGGCCCAAGGCACAAGAUCGAUGCACUUCCUUGAGCGUUGAGGGCCCAAAAAACUGGUUGCAGACUGGAUGAAAUUAUUUCAGCAAGCAAAGGUGGCAAAGUGUUCGAUAUUUGGAGAGAUCAAGUACAGUUGUCACAGCUCUCUUUUAAAGUUUGUCUGAAGACCAUUGAGGUUGUAGCUGGAAACCAAGCCACCGAGAUGAUAUUGCCAGCAAGGAAGCCUCUCAAUUGGUAUAUAUUUUCUUUUUAAACAAAAAAUUAUUAUUCAAUGUAAUUCCAUAUCAUUCAGUGCAUGUUUAAUAACACUGAAAUGAAAUAUUUGCACUUCAUGAGCUGCUGACAAGAAAGUGGAAAAUUUAAAUGUUGUCCACUUGUGUCAUUGUAGUGUAGCCAAUAAGUUCUGAAACUUGCUAAGCUUUCCCGAUUACGUUCGUAUAGAAUAUUAUCUCAAUAUGUACAUAAUAAAUUUAAUUAUCAAAGUAUUCCGGAAGGCAUUCAAAUAUUUGA